GUUGUUUAGGGUAAAAGUUUGCCCUCAUUCUAUUAGAGGAGAUGUUGCUCUCCUCCUACUUAAUUAAAGCACACAUACACACACCCACACACACGACGCACAAAAACACACAUGCAUGCACAGGGGAAGCACACGUUACUAAGAGAGCACAUUGCUGGUCACAUCAGUUGCAUUUAGAUAAAUGAUCACCAGGCUAAUCUGAUAUUUGCUUUACAUAUUCUCAUGAAGAGAAUGCUGCUCAACAAGGGAUGAGAGAGGAGUUUUCUAACCAAACCAAAUGUUGUGGUUGUUUAAGGAGGUGUGAAUCCUCGUGCACCUGCACAUGUGAUCAAGUAAUGGCUGCCUUUAAGGGUGUUUGGACAAAGGGCUUUUGGCGAGCAGUGUCCGGAGAGUUUUUGGCCAUGCUGAUUUUAGUGUUGGUCAGCGUGGGGUCCACUAUCAACUGGGCAGCAACCACAAAGGACAGCUCUCAUCCUCCGGACCUUGUUCUCAUCUCUCUUUGUUUCGGCUUGUCUAUAGCCACACUCGUCCAGUGCUUCAAUCAAAUCAGUGGUGCCCACAUUAACCCAGCAGUCACGGUGGCCAUGGUGGCAACCCGCAAGCUCAGUCUGGCAAAAGGCAUUUUCUAUUUGGGAGCACAGUGUUUUGGGGCAAUAGUGGGAGCAGCUAUCUUGUAUGGUGUGACUCCUCCUGUUGUGAGAGGGAACCUAGGGGUCACCUCGGUCAACACUCAUAUAUCUGCUGGUCAUGCCCUGGUGGUUGAACUCUUCAUCACCUUUCAGCUUGUAUUCACCAUCUUUGCUACCUGCGACCCAAAGCGCACUGAUCUGAAGGGCUCAGCAGCCCUGGCUAUCGGCCUGUCAGUGUGCAUCGGCCACCUGUUUGCUAUCCCAUACACCGGUGCCAGUAUGAAUCCUGCUCGCUCAUUUGGUCCUGCAGUCAUCACAGGACAUUGGGAAAACCACUGGGUGUAUUGGUUGGGUCCGUUAAUGGGAGGUGUCCUGGCAGCAGCCCUAUAUGAUUACCUGUUCUGUCCAGAUCCUGAUCUAAAGAAACACUAUGCCAGCAUUAUCUCUAGGACCUCUUUUUCCACUGCUCAGUACCAAGGCAUGGAGCCAGGCACUUUCUCCAGGGACCAAACUCAGUUGAUGAUAAAGCAGCCAGCGUUCACAGUGGAGCAUGCUGAGAGGAAGGACAGAGAGACAGCCUGUGAGGUGUUGUCCUCUGUGUGACAAUUAAGGUGCACUGAGGAAAAAGAGUUGAGUUCUAUACACUACACCAAGAGCCAGCUUAAAGAGACUGAACCGAUAUAGAAAUGUGUGUUUGCUUGUGUGUGUAAGGGCAUUGACACACCAAGCUUCUUCUUCUUUCGGCUUUUCCCAUUAGGGGUCGCCACAGCGGAUCAACCUUCUCCAUACCCCCUGUCCUGUACAUCUGCCU